AUGACGGACUCACCGCUGCCGGCGGAGCUCAACCGCAACCGUUUCCCUAACCUAUUCGAAGUGUUAAGUCGCAAGACCGUUGCCCCGCUCGACCUUUUUUCCUUCUACAUAUAUAUGCGCGACCAGCAACGGUCGGUAGAUUACCUGGACUUCUGGCUUGACGUGUCUCAACAUCUUCAGCUAUGCCGACUGUACGUGCGCCGCCUCCACCGCUCUGUGAUUGAAGACACGCCGGAGAUGGAGAAGAACAGCAAGAGGUCGUCAUACAUCCUGGAUAAUGCGGGAGAAGGCCCGUCGGGAGAGAAGGGCAACGUAUCUGACCAGCGCUUGUCCGCUUUCCUACGGUCAGAUCACGGGAGCCGUCAACACUCGCCACAAAACAGUCAAGGAAGCAACCAGAGUCGUGAAGUUCCAGGCCGCCCGAGCUUCAUGACGUUGCACACAGACUCGCCGCAGGACUCCUCACCAGGCCAGAACUCCUCCGGCGACAAUCAGCCAAGACGAGAGGACCUGCGGGCUUCUGCUGAGAAGAUUUUGUACACGUAUCUUUUGCCUGGCUCGGAGCGAGAGAUAAUCAUUCCACAGAGCAUCCUGCACGAUGUACAAGAGGCUAUCGAAGGACCCGACCAGCGGAGCGACCCCGAGCUUUUCGACGCGGCAAAGGACUACGUCUUCCAGGCCAUGGAGCGGGACGCUUUCCCAGGUUUCCUACAGAGCAAAGGACUUGGCAAUCUUGUCCCUCAAAGCAUGAUGAUCCGGCUCAUUAUUGGCCUCAUCAGCUUCUUCGGCGCCGUAUGGACAGCUUUCAUCCUCAUCUUUUUGAACAAGUCAAGAGCGACUCGCUGUUGGGUCAUCCUCCCCUUCACAGUAGCGCUCUACUUCAUCUUCACGCAUCAGUACAUGCUCGAUCCUAUUUUGGCUUUAGUCGGCUACAGCGAGUACACACUGAUGGACUUCAACCGAAUACGAGAGCCGUUCGUCAGGAAGACGCUCAAUGCGCGAUCAGCCACCAUGUUGGGCUUGUUCGUGCUCGUUGACACCGCUGUCAUGGCAAUGCAAUUCAACCGAUACCGACUCAUGUACCGUAAAAGAUUGGAGGAAUAG